AUGUAUAAACAAAAUAAUACUACAGUUAAUGAAUGUAAAUUAAUAAUAGAAGCUAAUGAAGCAAUGUGUUGCGAAUUUAUUUCAUCUUUCCUUCUAUAUGAACAAGAAGAAGCAAACUCAGAUGAAGCAUUUAAGACUGAGGAUUAUGACUAUCUAUAUGAGAUUGUAUCAACAGGUAUAGAUUGGCACUUUAUCAUGUUCAUUUCUGAAGAAAUUUUUUGUACGAGCAAUAGUGAAUAUCAAAUAGAUCUCACAAAAAAGGUACUUAAGGGUAAUCAGAAAAAUCUGAGGGAGAAUAUAAAACAGGUAAUCAGUAUAGUUGUAGGAUUAUUGAAAGAUAGAGUAACUGUAUGUGAUGAACCUGAAAGCAAGAGGUGUUGUAUGCAAGAAAAAAUUACCAAAAAAUAA